GCAACCAGGUGUCUUCAGAAUUCACUUAAUUAAUAAACAGAGGAAUGUUAGGGAACAUUAGUGAACAAAUAGCAACAUAAAGAGCAAGAAACACAGCAGAAGGGUCAGGGAGAAAAUGAUGUCGAUUUUUCAAGCAGGUUGGGAUUACAGAUCUAUAACUAAAAGUUUAUUAUAGACAGCUAGUUAAGCUAUCAUCUAAAAUUGGUAAAAAAGUACGUUUAAUAUGCUUUAUUAAGGAAAACAUUAUUUGAAGCGGCCAAAAGGAAGAUGCAAUUAAUUCAAUUAAGUUCAGUUCAGUUUUUUCGUAUAGCACCGAAACUGAAAAGUGUGACACUUUUCAGUUUUACUUGCUUGUAAACGAAAUUUCAAAAUCAUACGUGAUUUUCCAUCCAUCUCACAAUUAUCCACUACUUUGUGUUUAUCUGUCAAAUUCUAUGUUGAGAUUUGUUGUUAGAAAUGUGAAAAGUUGUGAGAAUAAUUUUGUCAAACAAAAUCUCACUUUGUCUUAUGCUUCAACCACCUUUCCUGUGAUGGUGUGGGUGGUAACUAAAGGCCAGAUGUUUAUAACCCAUCCACUUCCUGUCUGCUCUGUUCGGUGAAGAGGAUUACACUGUGAUUCUUUGAGAUAUUUAUAUCUUUGAAUUACAACCCUCCUGGGGCAACCCUCACCUACCCUUCACCCAUCAAAACAUCUUCAGAAAAUGUAGUUUUAUCCCCUCACCGUGUGUGUUCACCUACUCAGCCGUCUCACUGUGACUUCCCCAGUUUACUCACAGUUAGCUGUCACUGCUAAUGGCUGACAUAGCUGUCCAGAUUUAUAAAUAGUUUAGAGGCUGUUUGUUUCAUCCGUCUGACACUCGACACCAAAGGAUCUCACAGAGCCACAUGCUAAGCUCAAGCCCUCAUUCUAUGGCCUCAUGGUGGACACUCUCUGUGGAACAGCUCCUCUAUUUUUGUCUUAUCUCCUGUCCUGACUUCCACUGCCUGCUGCUGGUCAGAUCCUCAGAGAUCUCACAGUGGACCUCAAACUGGAUUUGGAUUAUUCUCAAUAGAAAGAGCCUGGAUCUCCCAGAGAGUGGAUGUGUGAGGUGACAGUUGAGGAUUAGAUCAAUAGGGCCUCCUUUUGGGGAGAGGAACAAAACAAGCAGAAAGGGACAUAAUAAACAGUUCCCAAAUUAUGGAUUAUAAACCUAGAAGGAAAGCAGCAGGUUGAAGGAUCAUUUGUGCAGAGCCAAACUGAAACAAACAAUGCCUCUGGAGAAAAUUCUGAACAGAGGCCCCAAACUUCGGGUGCAGCAGCUCUACCAGAAGAAACGGAUUGAAACUUUAAGGUCUAUAUUUGCAUGAAUGACCGAACGACUAAAAAGCAAUAUUUUUUUUUUUUGUAAGUCUGCGUCAUGACCUCAGUUGAGAAGCGUCGCUCGAGCCGGAAGAGCAGUGGGCACAGGAAGCACAGUGAUGGAGGCUUCAGCGACACGUCGAGUGGGGGCUCUUUCCUGGAUGAGACUGAUCGGGAAGUCAGGAAUCUGACGGACAGAGCUUUCAGAAGCCUUUGUAUUGGAGAUGAGGCUGUUUAUAAUGACUCUGACCUCAGUUUGUCUUCACCUAGCACCUACUCAGAUAGACAGCUGGCUUUCUGCAGAGACAGGGAGGAGAGAGAAAGGGAGGACCGAAAGAGAGCUGCACAGGAGAAUUUUAACCUCAGUGUGCAGCAAUAUGGACAGGACUGGAUCACGGCAGGGAUGUAUGGAGCAGGGAUCCAGAGAGAUGCUCAGUGGGAGGCUUAUGGGGACAUAACACAGGGGAUGGUUUCUGCCACAUUCCAGCACUCCUUAGUGGAAACCUCACAGCUGGGCAAGUCUCUGAGGGAAGAGGAGCUGUCCUUCCACAGCAACGGAGCCACAGAGUUGAGUUCACAGCAACGCAGAAGCCACUCGAGAGUUUCGUCUCUCAUCAGGGCGUUUAACUCUGACGGACACAGAGAUGCAGCAGGAGCGGAAGAUAACAUCAGAGAGCGGGAUGAUGGGACGAGUUGGGACAAAUCAGCUCUCAUGAGUAUUCAGAGAGAACUUUCUGAAUUCUCAUACCAGCAAAAUUUCAACCAUCAUUUCCAUCCUGCCGGGGCAUUUUCAUGUCGAGAUCCAAACUUCUAUUCUUCUGAAUCAGAGGCCCAAAUGUCUCACAGCUACAUGAGGUCAUCACAAACCAAACACAUCAUGUCUGCACAGGCCAACUGCAACUCCAAUUUUUUCAUCCACAGUGAGUUCAGUCCCUUCCAGUUGUGGAGAGAUUACAACAGGUUUCCGUUUCAGCAAGCAGAAGUCUCAGGCUUUAUGCAUUACUCGGAGUUUCCUAAAUGGUAUCAGACACCAAUGUACAAUGAACUUUCUCUUGAAAAUCAAGCACACGGCUGUCAUAGAGACAUCCAACAACCUAGGAAUCACCUGGGAUAUCCGGUUCCUCUGACGGCUCCACGCUCCAUCUCAACUUCCUCUCAGAUCCAGAGAGCGUCAGCUGUGGAGAAACGCUGCGAGUCAGAGCUGGCGGUUCAUCAUCCUCACAGGAAGUGGACACAGAGCCUGGGGACUAACAAACUUCCGCCCCACCGCCCGUCAACUGCGUCACCCUCUACUGAGAUGUCUCGACGUGUCAGAGACACCAUCAGCUCUGUCAAAGCUCUGCAGCAAAAGGUUAAAAUGAUGUCAGAGUAUGACACAACUAAUCAACAAGAAACAUUCAGUAGAAAUGAAAGUUGGUUUAACUCAGAAAAGAACACAUUGACAGCAGAGACAAACAUUGUCGGCAGUAACAAAGCAAAUUCCUUUAGAAUUGGCCAGCAGCUCACUCCUUCAGUCCAACAACAUCAGGAUGUUGACACAUCCCGCUUACACCAGCAUGAAGUCUCCCCUCAACCAGUAGAGCAUCCUCCAGUGAGAGCCGAAAGCCGAGGAGCAACUCCCGAUGUCAGGAUGUCCAGCUAUAGAUCUCGAGCCACAAGCCUGCUCUUCAACCUGAAAGACAACAGAAAAAGAGUAAAAAGCACCUACAGUCCAACCAAGUUCAAAGGCUUAGAUACAGCGGAGAGGAACCAACAGUCCUACAGCCAGGAGCCACACAAAACUGUACUUACUAGUUCAGAUGUUCAGUGUCUCCAGUCAGAAGCACCAAGAAGUACAAACACUGCUAUAAACCAGCAUCACACCCCUGGACUAUCACUUACUGCCCAGACAUCUCACUCCGCUAGAGUAAACUCAGGCCACUAUUCAGAAAACACUGCAAAUGAUUACCAGGUAGCUCAGAUGCAAAGCCAUGGCUCUGGAUUCAGUGGCUUUGUAACUUCAAAUUACUCCAACAAUCAGCUGCUGGGAAAUGGGCAGACUCCUAAUAAAUAUUUUGCAUCAUUUACUCCCUAUAGGCAAGAUAUUUAUGGAUCUGCAGACGAAGUCAAGCAGUCUUACUCAGCUGAGGACACAACAAGACUGAGUGUUGACAACAAUCAACACAGAGAACAUCUAAUAGGCAAAGCAAAUGCAACGCAAGGAGGAGUGUUCGUAAAGGUGGAGAGAUAUGAGCAGCUUGCAGAAAACAAACACAAUUACAAAAAUGUGUCCUCCCAGGAUAACUGGAGACAAGCAAGCGUCCAAGAUACAGAAAAUAUCCAUCUCAAAACAAAUGUUCCCCCAGUGAAACAUGAGACAGUGUCUUUAGUAGAACGCUUAAAGCAAGAAAAUUUGUGUGGUGGAGAAAAAGAAGAAGUAAAGGAUGCUAAUUUAACACAGAAUUAUAACAGAUUUACUGAUCAGUAUGGUAGAGGCCAACAAAAUAUUUUAUCAGAUAAAACAAUGGACAUGGUAACAACAGGUCAGACUAAACUAAAUAAACCAUCUCCAAAUGAAAACAUACAACCUAAACCUCGGUUUGAAAAGAAAAAUCAGCCGAAUCCAACAUUUAUUGAAGAAAAUGCAUCGACCGUCGCAAUGACAAAUCAUGUAAAGAACACACAGACUGUAGACACUAAAUGUGAACAGGUGAUGGAGUCCCACAGGAAACCACAAUAUCCCCAAGCAGAAAUGGCCAAAACCCAACAGAAAGAUCAUGCAGAACCACCAAAAACAGAAAUAGCAAAGUUUAUUUCGUCAAGGCAACCUGCAUUAGAAACGGUCAAAAUGCAAGAGUUGCAAAAUAUAAGACAAGUCAAAGAUCAUCAUAUAACUAAAGUGGAAGAGAGGAAAAAUGAACAAAAAGAAAAGUCAAGAGACACAUAUUUUCAGCAGGAAGAAGAGAAACAGAUGAAGGGUGAAAAAGAAAGGGUUUUGAAGCUAACAGACGAGCCAACAAAUGUCACAGAAAAAGUCCCUAAGAAGCUCAAAACAGAACAAGCUGAAAAGGAGAAGCUUAAAGAGGAACACAUAAAAACCAAACUGGCAAAGACCGAGGCGCCUGAGCAGGUCAGAAUAGACCAAGUUAAACAUGAACAGGCCAAUGGCAUGCAAGCAGAGGAAAAACAGCAGAGCACAGAAAAAGCAGAGGGAGAGCAGAUGGAUGCAGAGAAAAGCAAUAUGGAAAUGGUUAAAGAAGAACAGAUCAGAGGCCAACAAAGAGAGCAGAUAAAAGAGCUGCAAACUAAAACAAUAGAUGUGAAGAGAAUGGGAAUGGAGGUGUUGGAGGUCAAAACAGACCACAUGAAAGUCGAGGAUGUCAGGGAAGGUAGGAAUGAGAAAGAUUCAAGUCAUGCAUGUCAAAUUAAUUUAGAGAAGGCCACAUCAGGUACAUGUGGCACAGAAGACACACGAGGAGAAAAGACAAAACUGGAAGAAAACCUGGAGCAAAAGGAAUCUGAGCAAUCAAAAACAGAAAACCUGCUGGAGAGGUCGGCUAAACUCACAGCCAAGCUUGCAACAACACAGCAGGCCAGACAGGAACCGGACAGAGUUGAGCAAGUUAAGACAGAAUUAGCGAAAGCCAAAGCAGAGUUAGCUAAAAUAAAGGAGAAAAUGAGAGGAGAGCAAAAAGAAAAAGUGAGAAACAUUCUUUUCACCAAAGAAGAAGGUUUUUUAAAGAAUGAUGAUUCUAAUACUGGUGAAAACGCCAGCAACAAAAGCCAGAACCACCCACUGGAAACACAAACUCAUGCAGCGACUGAUGAUUAUGAAAGGCUUAGGGAAAAAUAUGGUUUUACAUAUCCAACAUCUGCAAACAGCACCAAAGUGUCAGCUGCAAAAAAUAACGAACAAGCCAAAGAAAACAAAGUUGAAAUUGGAAAUAAUUUGAUAUCAACUGACAGACCUUGUGUUAGUGACUCGUUUUUGACACCAGAGACAGCAAAUAAGGAGGGAGGUAGAAACUUUAAACACAGUAACGAGACAGUACAGGAGAGUGAUUGCAAUGAGCCAUUAAAUAAACUACAAUUAGGUAGCUGUCAUUCUCUUCUAACAAAUUCAUGUGAUAAAGCAAACAGAGAAAAUGUAUCUGACAAACUGAAGGACGACAGUGGUCAGAAAUUACAAAAAAGUGAUGUUAAUAAAGACACGGCUUCCUUGCAAAAAGACUCUGUUUCAGCUAAACAUGAAAGAAAGUUCACUGAUCAGCGAAUUAACAGAGGCAAAGACACGGCUGUUACUCCACUUAGAGCUUUAUCUCAAAGGGAGAAAGCUCAAACUAAGCAGGAAAUACUGACUUCCAAAAUAAAAGCACAUGCUGAAAAAGAGAUUUCCGCAAUAAAAGAAAAGGGAUUUGCUUUACCAGAAGGCUUUAUAAGCAAAAGCUCGGCCAUGCUGUUAGCAAGUGGUCAGAGUGUUAAUAUCCGACAGAGGCCUUCAUCGCAAGAAGUGCCUAAGAAGCAUGAAACCACAGUGUCCAAUAAAAUCACAGCAAAGCAUCAGCUGGAGCCUUCAGGAGUGCAAAAAGAACCAGGCAAGUCUGCUUCAUCUCUGAGCUCUGAUACAGUGGGUGGUGAAGCAGCAGCUGAUCAUUCAGAAAAAUCGACAAAAACAAUCCUCCCCACAGGUACCUCUGUGAGCACAACUAACAUCUGUGUGCAAAACAAACAAAACGAAGCAAAUCACACAGGAACAUUUGGAAGACUGAGCGGGGAAAUGCAACAAGUGGAAAAUGAUGAAACUCUCACCAAAACAAAGGACAAAGCAUAUGCUACGGGUAUGUCCAAACCUGUGACCGCAGAGGCCGCUAAAGAAGAAGCUCAUAAAGACUCAGAAACAGAAGAUUGUGUCACUCAAAAAGAAUCCUCUGUAACAGAUGACAGUGUGCUGAUUAUGGGGAUUAUGGUAACUGUAGUAGAAAGAAAUCCAACAGUCAAUGGUGGCCCACAGAAUAACAACACUGAAAAACAGACCAAUUCAGUAAAGGCAGAGAGUAAUACAUCAGAUUCAGGUACAGAGAAUUCCAGCCAAGAAGAAGCAGAAGUAUUAGUGAAAGCAACAGACUCAAAAAAGAGUCCCCGUGUUAUGAAAGAAAAUGAAGAUUCUCUUGGUAAGAAUAACUAUUCAGAUAAUGUGAAAGAAACUUUAAACUGGAAAGAAAUGAACAGAGAAAUAUCAGCUGAACACUUAGAUCUCCAAAUCAACAGUUGUGCCACUAAUACAGAACUACAGAAGAAGAGACAACCAGAAGCCGGGUCUAUACCUUCUAAAGACGAGUUCUUGGCCAAAACUCAACCAGUUCUCCACCAAAUGGACACAAUUCUAAAAGAAACAAAGGAUGUAAGUGUUAACAUGCCAAAGGAAAAUUUGUCAGAAACCUCUGGCCACCCAGAGGCAGGAGACAAGGGAAGACAACAUGAAAUGCAAAAGCCCCUCAUCAAUGAAAUAUCCCAUGAUAAAGUCAACAAAGCCAAAAAUGAUCAGCCAAUGACAGACGACAUGACAGCAGUUAAAAAUAUUUCCAAAAGCAGUAACAAUGAUGGGCAGUGUGCACUAGUACCAGAAGACAACACCUGCCCUUCUACUCCACCAAGCCCCUUCAAUGACUCAUGCAUGGAUAACACUAGGAUUGUGUCUCAAAACCAGCAAUCCACUGAAACAUUCAGUAAAGAACAGGAUCAAGAAGAUACUAGUGUGCAUAUUGAUAACAUUGCCAUCAGAGUUGUGCCAACUGAAAGUAAAACAGAUAACAUGGACACGUUGGAAAAAUGUGACAUGAAAGCUGUUCCUCUGAAUGUGGGGUCUUCCUCUGAACAGAAUCAGGUUGUCACAUCCAGUAGUGAAGGAAAACCACAGAUUUCAAAUCAUGGACAUCAUUUUGAAAACUUGAUUCAAGAAAACAGUGAGCAGAAGAUGAAAGACAGUCUGGAAGAAAAAUUAGCUGUACAGUAUGUAUUAUCCAGUGUCAGGAAACUGUCUGACUCAUUGAAGGCAAGUGAGAAACAGAACGAUGCAAGUACAACCAGGGAAUGCAUUAAAGCUGGAGACAAAAACUCAGAAUCUAGUGUACAGCUGGUGGAAGCAGAUUAUUUUCAAGUACAAGGACCAGCGGAGACGAGCAACAUGUCUCCUAACAAUAUCACAGCUGGAAAGGAUUCAAAGGGAAACGACGUCCUAAAGUUAUUACCAAAUGAGACAUUUAUUGGCACUGAACUGCACAAGAAACAACAAAGUGAUGUCUUUGUGUUCACCAUAGAUCCAAGUGAACAAAAGACAGAUCAGUCAAGUUCAGAAAUUAUUGAUGGUGAGAACUUGACAGGUAAAAAUUUGGAAACUGGCGAUAAUACAGUUACUUCAAAACAGCCUGGUGGUUCCAUGGAGAGUUGGAAUAAAAUAAAAAAUGUAGAUGCAAGCCAAUCUAAUCCCACCAGAACAUAUGAUGAGGUAAACCAGUUGGAGUCCUGUGCAACGGAAAGACAGAAUUUGGGUAAUCAAAAUUUAACAAACACACAUUCUGAAGCUAAGCCAAAUCCAAGAGAACGAGUGCCUGCAAUACCAGAAAUAUCAGCUAUUGCAGACUAUGCCAGAUUAAAGGUGAUUGUUUCAGAAGAUAAAGAAGAGCAGCCACUUCAGCAAUUCCCUCCCAACAAGAAGGAAGGGUUCUUCCCACUAAUACAGACCCGUCAUAGCAGACGCCCUGUGUUUACUGAUUACCCACAAGACCACUCUGUUAAAACCCAAAACUUACCAAAUAAGACAGAGACAACAGCCACCGUUAACAAAGAGUCCAAAUCGCUAACAUUUCCUAUCAUGGAGAAGGAGCACCAAAGAACUGGAAUGUUCAAGCUUGGAGACAAAGAAAGACAAGAAAAAGCACCUCUGAAUGCCCAAAUGACUGUCUAUGUAGACAAAGAUCCAAAUCAGAUCGAUACAAAGAACUCCCCCAUAGAUAAGACAGAAUUAGUGGCUCAAGCAGCAGAGGAGCAUCAAUGGAGGGCAGUAGAAGAAGAGCAACAGAUGAAAGUUCCAUAUGAGAUACAACGGAGAGGAGCAGUGGAGGAGCAGUACAGGAGGACUGCACAACAAGCUCAACAAAGGAUUGCAGAAAAGGAGCAACAGAGAAAGGCUCUACACGAAAAACAACAGAGAAGAGUAGCAGAGGAGCAGCGGAGGACAAUUGAGGAAGUGGAGCAAAGAAGGAAAUCUGCAUAUGAAGAACAACAAAGAAAAGCAGCAGAGGAACAGCGAAGACAGGCUGCACAACUGGAGCAAACAAGAAGGAUUGCAGAAGAAGAGCAACAGAGGAAGGCUCUACAUGAAGAACAACAAAGAAGAAUACUGGAAGAGCAGCAAAGGAGAAUUGAGGAAGAGGAGCAAAGAAGGAAAGCUGCAUAUGAAGAACAACAGAGAAGAGUAGCAGAGGAACAGCAAAGACAGGUUGCACAACUGGAACAAAAGAGAAGGAUUGCAGAAGAAGAGCAACAGAGGAAGGCUCUACAUGAAAAACAACAAAGAAGAUUAGCAGAGGAGCAGCAAAUGAGGAUCGCACAACUGGAGCAACAGCAAAGGAUCGCACAAAAAGAACAACAGAGGAGAGCAGCAGAGGAAGAGCAAUGGAGGAUUGUGGAGGAACAAAGAAAGAAAGCUGCCCAUGAAGAACAACAGAGAAGAAAAGUGGAGGAGCAACAAAGAAGGGCUGCACUACUGGAACAAAAAAGAAGGAUCGCAGAAGAAGAGCAACAGAGGAAAGCUGCAGAGCAGCAAAGGAUUGCAGAAGAGGAGCAAAGAAGGAAAUCAGCUUAUGAUGAACAACAAAAGAAAGCAGCAGAGGAAAAGCAAAGGAGGAUUACAGAGGAGGAACAAAGAAAGAUGGCUGCUCAUGGAGAACAACAGAAAAGAGAGGUGGAGGAGCAGCAAAGAAUGGCUGCACAACUGCUUCAACAAAGAAGGACUGCAGAGGAGCAACAGAUGAAACAUGCUCAUGAAGAGCAACAGAGAAGAGCAGCAGAGAGGCAACAAUUGAGGGCUUCACAAUUUGCUCAGCAAAGGACUGCAGAAGAAGAGCAGCAGAGGAUAGCUUCUCAUGAAAAACAACACAAAAAGACAGCAGAAGAGCAGCAAAAGAGAGCUACACAAAUUGAUCUUCAUAGGAGGACUGAUGAAGAAGAGCCAAGACGACACCAAGGACAACAAAGAAGAGAAGCAGAAGAACAGCAAAGGAGGAUUGCAAAAGAAGAUCAACAGACAAAAACUUUACAUAAACAACAGAGUUUAGCAGUUGACGAGCAGCUGAGGAGAGCUGGAGAAUUGGAGCAAGAAAGAAGGCUCACAGAAGGCCCACAAAUGAGAAAAGCCGCACAAGAAGAGGAGGAGGGGAAAAUCGUACAAGAACAAAAAAGAGAAACAGAACAGCAACAAAGGAGAGCACCUCAAAGUCCAAAUGACCAACAAAGGAAAGCAACAGAAUUGAAUCAAAGAAGAGAUUCACGAUUAGAACAGAGAGAAAAAGAACAUGAGCAACAAAGGCAAACUGCCCAACAUUACAAGCAAAGAAGAAAAGUAGAGGAGCAACAAAGGGGACUUUCUCAAGAGGACAAGCAAAGGAUGCUUUUAGCAGAAGAACAAAAGAGAGGAGAGUUAGAUGAGCAGGAAAGAAAAGCAACACAUGAGAAGCAACACAGGAGAGUUGCACAGAAGGAUCUACAACAAAGUGAUGUGGAAGAGCACCGGAAAAGGCUUGCACAAGAAAAGCAGCAAAGGAUAGCAUCUCUGAUUGAGGAGCAAAGGCAAGUAAAAGAGCAAAUAGUUAGAAAUACUGAAAAAGAAACAAAAGGAAAAGCAAGAGAAGGAAUAAAUGUUUUAAUUUCAGAGAAGGAAAGUGUCCAACAGACACAAGAACUUAACAAAAUCCAACAUCUGAAUGAUGUGCCAAUGAAUGAAAGUCUUGUGGAAGAGGAGAAAACUGCAUCACGAAAAAUGUUGAAAAAUGUGAACAUAGCUGCUGAAAAGGAAGAAAUCAUGGGAGAACAGAGAAUAGAAACACAUUUCAAGCAGGAGAAUGCUAAAGAAUCGACACCAACUAAAACAGAUAAUGAUAGUCAAGCUAACAAGAUGGAAGAUGAUGAGCAGGUAUCAUCUCUCAAAGUAAAAGCAAGAGACCGUCAAGAGAUGGACAAAGGAGGAGCACAGAAGACAAAUGCUCUCCAGUAUUUUGCAGUCACCUCAACCAACAGAGAGAGAAGAUCCAGAGAAAAACAGUUGUCCCCCCCUUUUCCUUUACAGCAACAAAAUAAGAAACAAGGGGAGCUUGAAUCACCCAAUGACUUGUUGUACCACAGACAUUACAGACCUCAUGCUGCUGCAUCUCCAGCUCCAACUCUGCCCCGCUCCAACACCUCCUCUCCUGCGCUAGGAGCCAAGCCCUUGAUGUUCAGAGUAAAGGACAACACCAUCAGAGGUUCCUCUCUCACAAAGUCUGUCAAGCCACGCUUCCAUAAGAACUUUGGAGAGGACUUCUUAAUGGGUUCAACAUUUGACGGGGCAUCAGAUAAAGCAGAGGAUGACCAGGAGAUACUCAGACGAACUGCAGGGACCCCAUUAAGUCGUUUUGCUGCUAUCUGUGAGUCUUCAUUACAAGAUUACUCAAACACUACCCCUCACCUGAGACCCUAUUCUAGGAGAAGUAUGGCAACGGAUGAUGAUGAAUCUCGCUCUGUCAUCAGUAGCAUGUCAGAGGAUGUGGAGAGCUUUGCGACAAGUGCAGCAGAUCUGACCGAAAUGCAUGGCCUGUUUGAUUUUGACAGAUCUGAAUCGACAUGCAGUUUCGGCAGUGAUGUGUCGCAGUCUUUGGGCAAACCUCCAGCUGUUCCACCGAAAAGUGAAAAAGCCUUACGGAGAGCUCAAAGGCUAACUUCUCGAAGGAUGAAGAAAGAACUUUCCAAGGUUGCAGAAGGAAACCCUCCGGGAGUUGGGAAAGAGGUCUCCAGUUUUCCUUCUUCAUCAUCCUCCUCCAAUGAGGUAUGCUCCUCCAAUCACCAUGUUGUGGCUUCCCCCCAUUUUUCUCAACCCGUUUCCUUUGCUCUUGCUCCGGCUACUGGAUCCAGCUUGCCUUCCUCUCAUAAAGAUCGCAAAUCCUCUCAUUGCUCUUUUCAUGCUUCUCCUCAUGCCACUGGCCCCAUUUCUAUCCCUAGUCCUUCGCCUCAUGCUGGUUCUGUUGUGUCUCUUCAUGCUUCUAGCCCUGCUUCCAAACCUGCAGCUCUUCAAGCAGUUGCUCAUGUAUCCUCUUCUCCUACUCUCCAUCAUGUCAAUCACCCAGCCACUCCUGUGACACAAUACCAUGUAGAGUCAAACAACUAUCCAUUGACUCAGCGGAAGGUUCUGCAGGAUCUGGGAUCUGGUCAGUUCUUUGUCGUAGAUGUGCCUGUUCAAGUAAAAACAAAAACUUUCUUUGAUCCUGAGACAGGAAAAUAUGUUCAGCUGAAUGUGCGCCAGACUGGUCAGAAUAUUUUUCAACCUCAACUUCACCAAAAAUACCAACAGGCUCAAGGACAACAACUGCAAGGCAAGCAGCAACCACAGUCCCUCUCCUCUGUCACCACGGUUGCUAGCAAGCCUUUAAGGUUUUAUCAAGGCUACCACAGUUCUCCCCAAAACUACCAGGCAUCUGUUGUCAACUCUGUGCAUGAAAGCAGCUCAUCAGUCCCAGCAGUUCUACACCAAAACCAGCAGGCCUCAAGAGAAAACCACAGCUGCAGAACUCCAGUUCCUGAAAUUGAUCAGAACUCCGAGGGCCAUCGCUACAGUCCAGAGAAAACACCAUACAUGGACACAGUUAAUGACAUCACUAAGACAUACAACUUGGUGAACAGCACACGGGACUCAUGCAACCCUUUUCCCGAGUGUGACACAAACAGCCCGCUUGGUAGAAGUUCAGUUUGUGAAAACGAUCACUCAACUAACUUGGAGUAUCAGCCUCGUGACAUUAUUGCCAUAAGUGAAUUAGAAGAUUUCAUGGAGGUGUCUGACUGGUGAAAAAAAAGACUGACAUUAAAGUAAAGAAGUUUUUCCUGAAAUUAUAAUACCUGAAACAUACAGUGUAUAAAUAAUGCAAUACAAAGUUUAAGAAACUUGUCAUCUGCAACAAAUUUGUUUUUGAUUGUGUAGGUCACUGUGACAUGCUCUUAAACUGCUGCUGAUGUCUUUUUCAGAGAUUAACUGUUUUAUUUUGUAUUCUAUAUUUAUUGUUACCAUUCCAUUUGACUUUGAAUGUCUGAAGCUAACAUAUCUCCCGUGUUAACAGUGACAUCUGUAUCUCAUUUCCUGGUAUGGUGAGCAUACCUUACAUAAACAAAUUGUGAACUGCCCCAUCAUAAAGUGCUUGGUUCUUUAUGGAAUAAUAUGCAUUUAUUUUGCAUUACAAACAAUGGCUGGUCUGUUUUACCUCUCCUGUUGUGAAAGCCUUACAAUGCAUGAAAUAACUCUUCAAAGUCAAAGAUCUUCAAAUGGUAUACAACAUAGUUUGUCUAUGCAGCAAGAGUGUCAAAAUGAUCAUGGUCACACGGAAGUGAUACGAUUUUUUUUAAAGUUAUACAGUACUCUGUUUUAUAAGAUGGAUGUUUCUAGGAGUGCUUUUGUGUUGCUGUGAAUGUAGCAUGACAUGGACUUUUUCAGACAACAAAAACACAUUUAACACAGAUAUUUCCCACCAUGUGAUUGUUAAUUUUUUUCUUUUGAGGAUUAAAAAUAAAACAAGAUUUCUGAAAGAUUUCA